CGUACCGAUUUGCCAAAAUUGAACAAAACGACGCUGCACUUGUAUUUUAGCCCUUUUGAAUGGGUCUUCCAUGAUGUUCGAGUAGUUACGAAUAAAUGCAAAAGAAACAGUUUGUUUGAGCGUUUUUGAGUGAGAGAGAGAAUGUAGAAGGGUUUGUUCCUUUUUCCAGAGCGACUCUUCUCUGUCAUAAAGAAACCUCUGAAGUCGACGCGAGCAAUCGACAAGUGAGUUCACAUUCAGACUUGGGAAGAAGCUUGUGUUGAUGGCCAGUAGCAGACCAGCUGCCCUUUGAGUGGCCAAUUCUUCAACAUUCAAAGUGAUGUUCUCUCCAUAAUCAUUCGCUUUAUGCUAUCACAAUGUGGAACUUUGCAUCAAACUGCAUAGCUGGAAGCAUUGGACUUAAGAAAGACUUGGUAAAGUCAACUGAAGCUGCUUUAGAAUGCUCAGAUGAUGAAGUUUCUUCAACCAGCAGCAGGGAGGAGGGACUAGAAUGUCCGAUUUGCUGGGAAUCUUUCAACAUAGUUGAAAAUGUGCCCUAUGUUUUAUGGUGUGGCCAUACCCUUUGUAAAAAUUGCAUUCUAGGGCUGCAGUGGGCUGUUGUCAAAUUUCCCACUCUACCGAUUCAGCUUCCACUUUUUAUUUCCUGCCCAUGGUGCAAUCUCUUAUCCUUGCGUUUGGUUUAUAGAGGAAAUCUCAAGUUCCCUCGCAAGAACUUCUUCCUGCUCUGGAUGGUUGAGAGCAUGAAUGGUGAUAGAGUGAAGUCUCAUUCCACAUUCUGUGCCGAUCAUCAUUCAAUCUGUCCAUCAAACAGCAAAUUAUCACUGGGAAGUCAAGUCAGCCACCCUAUCUCCAGGAGGGGUCAGUAUAUUCGCUAUUCAGAUCCUUCUGGCACGAACCAUGAUAGUAAUCGUGUCAACAGUUACCACACCGUGGAGACCUUACAUUCUUCCAUUAGAAAAUCGCUGGCUUUCUUUGUUCGUUUGACAGCAAAGUUCCCACUGGUUCUCGUAUUCCUUCUGAUUGUCAUAUAUGCCAUACCUGCCUGUGCAGCCGUCUUAGCUUUGUAUGUUCUCGUCACUUUUCUGUUUGCUCUCCCGUCAUUUCUGAUUCUGUACUUUGCAUAUCCUAGUUUGGAUUGGCUGGUGAGGGAAAUUAUCACGACAUAAUACGCCAUAUUACUCACAGCCUGUAAGCCCUGUGAAUAGCAGUUUUCACUACAAAACGGUACUUCUCUACCGAAUCCCAUCAAUUUUAUAAUUUGUCGACUAGCCGACUACUGUUUCGUUUACUGUUAAAGCGAGUAAUCCUUUGAAUCUUCCCAUGUCAAAAAUGGUACUUCUCUACGGAUUCCUGUCAAUAUUGGAAUUUGCCAACUACAAUUCCAUUUUCUCCCCAGUGAUUGCUUCCUUUGCUUAAUUUGUUGGGAACCCGCAUUAUCCAACAAACAAAUAACGUCAUCUGCAGACAGAUAGUUGAGUUGUGCAUAAGAUGCAGCUGAAAAGUGAAUUGUAGUACUACAAGUUGAUUUCGGAGUGUAGCUUGUGUUCCUGUUUCUUGUAGAUUGAUGUUUAUAAACUGUGUUGUGUGAGUGCAGUUUGUUUAUUUGUUAACGUGGAUGCCAUGUGCUAAUAUUUCUGUUUC